AUGGAGUCAACGUCUGCGGCUGGAUCUAGCCGCUGGUCCUUCUUUAGCAGGAGAAGGAGGGAUUCCGGUAGUUCCUCCACGCUACCGGAGCUCACCUGUUCGAAAAGCGGGCUCCAUCCUGCCUUACCGCUGGCAUCGGCGGGAUCCUCCUCGUCGUUGCCUGCAUCGGCAAGUGUGGAGCUGCCUCCGUCGUAUCAUUCGUUCGCCUUCGUCAGUGAAUCUCUAUUUGAGACUUGCUCUUCUCCUCCGGGCGAGGACGGAACUCCGGAGGCGCGCAGCCCCCGCGCGACUUCGCCGAACGCCAACGGGCCCCCGAGCGAUGGCUCACCCGGUAAAGAACUGAAACCAGACAACCCGGCGGAGGCGGAGAAGGAGGCACAGGAAGGGCACAAGGGCAAGACAGAGGGUAGUAAGCAGGAGAAGAAGAAGGAGAGGGAGAAGACGGAGGGGGGCAAGUCGAAAAGGAGAAAGGAUGGGAUAGAUUUUGCUGCGAGUGACGAGAAAGUCACGGACGAGAGCCGCAGGGAGGAAGUGAAGGCGAAGGAGGAUUCGAGUCUAGUGAAGGAGAGUAGCUACCAGGAGGUGAAAGAGGCCAAAGGUAGGAAUGCUGAGGAUCGUAGCAACAAAGAGAAGGAUGCGACUCGCAAGGAGGCGUCAGAGAGGACAAACCAGGAGGAGACGGAUGGGACUAGCAAGAAGGAAGAGGAAGCCCGCGAUGGGAAAGGCAAGGAGAACUGUGACAAAAAAUCAUUGAAGGAUCGCGGCGGCAAGGCGUCGAAGGAGAGUGGCAAGAAGGAGAGAAGACGCUCAAGUUCGCGGGGCGCGUCUCCUGAAGCAGAUGGCAACCAUGACCAAAGUGCGCCGUUGCAAUUGGGAGCGGACAUUUCCACGCGUGUGGGAAAGAACGCUACACAGUCAUCGUCUGCGUCUGGGAUUUCAACCUUUUCGGGAGGCCGGGGGCCAGAUCAGCUCCGUGGUGGUAUGGGUCUGGCGUGCCCCGGAGGUUCUGAGAAGCCGCGGCGCGACUCCCCGUUGGUCAGUAGUCUGCUAGACCGGGUCGUAGCCAAUGGUCUCCGAAGGCGUUCACUACGCGAUGAGGAUAAAGGGCGCGAAGAAGAUGAGGCGCGCGCAAAAUGGUUUGUGCCUCAAGAUCCAGUCGGGUACGGGCGGGACGCGCCGGGAAAGCCGUCAGAACCAAAGAUACCGUCCUGGGAGCCUGAAGUUGCCAAGGCGAAACGGGCAGUUCAACUAGUCAAAGAUGAACUUUUGAGGGACAAAGGUGUGCCACUGACUCCUCUGGAAUUGAGGCGUCGGGAGGCAGAGGCCAUGAUUUCAGGAGGCAUCUUCCCUCAAGUCUACGUCUCCAAGAAAGCCUGGGAGGAGGCGAAGUUAGACAGGGUCCACAGAAAAGACUACCUCGUCAAAGCGACCCAGGGCAAGCCCUCGGAGCAAAUUCUCUUUACAAAACGAGGCGACAGCUUCAUCAAACCCACAGUCCUCACGCCGGACGUCACAGCAUCUGAGCUACUCGAUAUUCCCUGGCUUCCAGUCGAUGGGUCGCAGGCGCGCGAACCCGAUCCUGCGGUCCAAGACACAGUGUAUGCAGAUACUCUUCGGGGGAUGCCUGAGGUUCGCGGAGCCCGCAUGGAGAACGCACCCCUGGAGUCGGCUUUGCUCGAGCGAGGCGCAUGGGAUGCAUACAUUGAACGGCGACGGCGGCUGGACGAGGCGCAGGACGAACGCGCGACGCAGCAGCUGACGGACACUCUCCUCGGGGACCGCGGGUACAUUCGAACGUUGGAUUCACUGAAGAGAACCGCGCGCGAAAUGAGUAGGAAAGAGAGCAUCUUUGAAGGGGCAGUCGCGGAACGCGGAACUCAGGGCGCCUACAUCCCUCUCGCAGUUGGGAAGCAUGCGGAAGAAGAAGAUGUCGAGGCCCUCGAACGGAUCUCGGCCAUGGCUGAAAAGGUGGCUGGCCGGCUGAAGCGAGACGAGCCCUUCGCAGACUUCUCGUGGUCACGCCAGCCGUCUUUCGAUGAGUACAAUGUCAACUACUAUUUCAAGCUCGACAACGAGGAGAAACGCAGGGAGUUUCGCGUUACGAAAGACAUAAAGGCUUCUCACGAGAGAGUCAGAUUCGCAGCGAGGGCCGUCCAGCAGCUGAUGGAAACGCCUGAGACAGACUCAAGAACGAAGUGGCUAGUGCUGCGAGACGUUGCCAAGCUGUAUGGUGAAGAUGACAACCUGCCUCCCGAGCGUCCUCCGGUCCAAGGAUUGCGCCAAGCGGUCGAAGAAGGGAAGGAAACGCAAGGCGCUUCAGGGUCUGUUGAGCGGAAGGACUUGAGUUCCCAGAAAGUUUCUUCGGCUGCCCUACUCGACAGUGUGUCGCCUCCAAGGAAGAGCUCAACGUUUCGUGCGGCAUCGAUUCUUGGUACCGCAUUGUUGACGGUAGCUCCAAUCAGUACUUCACACGCCAGCUUCUCCCUCGACGGAGGUGUACCAGACAGCUCAGGCUCUGGGCAGGCCGACGAGUUUUCGUCCCGUGAGAGAGAUGUGUCUCCGUUUGACCGCCAAAGCCUACGGUGUGCCGCCGUUUCUCAUGAGACAGGUGACGCAGAUCUAGGGACGUCAACGGGCGCGCCGCUCUUCAAGGCCUUGGCAGAUGGAAGCGUGAAGGACGGGAAGUCGCCGGGAGGGGGUGUCUCGCCUUCUGAGGGAGGUGCGCAGUCUCCUGCGAAGCGGCGCUCUUUUUUGGCUGCUGCGCCGUCCUUGGAUCGAGACGGGGAAGCCUCGUUUUUUUACGGAGCCGAUGAACUGAAUCGCUUCAAGUCCCAUGACAUUGGCAUUGUGACCGUGAGGAGGGACGGGUCGAUGCGAAAGCGUUCUUCCCUCGCUGCCGCUAUGAGGGUGAGGUCUUCGUUGGGCAACAGCCACCUGUCGCGCCAACAUUCGCCAGUCCCCGCGGAACAGCCCGGAGACAUCCCUCCUGACAGGGAACAGUCCCGUCUUCCGAAACCGUCGUCGCCAGCGCAGUCUGCGUCUCCGUCUCGCAAAGCCAGCAGCGGCCAGCUGAGUUCAGUGUCGCGUGAGGAAGCUGCAGUGUCUCCGGGAAAAAGUCGGCGUGUCUGCGCGGCUUCGUUGGUGCCUCAGAAGAGUGGGCAGGCCGCUAAGCAAGGCGCGCAGUCUCGUGCAAAUUCGUUAGAUUGUCAAGCCGGUGCUGCCACGCCCAGAAAGGGAACGCUUGCUCGUCCGGGUUCUUCAGGUCAUCAGGAAAAACUGUUGACGCCAAAGAGCGGAACUCCGACUCGCUCCACGUCUCCGGUUCUCGAACGGACAGCGCAGGCUUCCAAAAAACAGGGUCUGCCCUCCCUUGUGGCACGCAGAGACCAGGAGCGGGCAGUAUCGACCCCUAAGAAGGGUCGAGCGCCGCUGCCUGGGCCUCCUACCCCGGCGAAAAAAGGAUCGAUUCUCGGCAAGGGUUGCCCGCAGCGUCCUGCGUCGGCGUUCCGUGACGCCGGCGCAUCACCGUCUAAACAGGAACAGAGUCCUCGCCCGGAUUCGCCUUCUAAGUCACUGCCUGUGAAGCCAGCAACCGCGGACGCAGCUGUUGCGCAGCCCGGCGCUGCGUUACCAAAGGACAACGGGUCUUCGGCGGCAUCGGCACCACCGGAAACUCCUGGUGUGUCUGAGCCUGCGCCGGAGGCCGCCAGAGGAGACAAGUCGUCUAUAUCCACGAAGGAUACAACCUCGCUCGCAGGUUCCCUGCAGUCGUCUCAGGCAAGCGCAUCAGCGUCGAGCAGCGAGCAGGUCUCUGAGGCCAUUCGCCCGACUACUCUUCCGCAGGCGACCGGCGAACAGCGGGUGGGACCUGAAGAUAAGUGGGGAGCGAAUGCUCGAAAGAUGUGGAGCGCGGAGCUCUUGAGGAAGCAGUCCAGCCGAUCAUCGUCGUUGUCUUCUUCUUCAGGCAAGAGCAAAAAGAAACGUAGCAAAGAAGUGCUGAUUCCUCCCCCGCCGGACUCUCCGUCGCUUCCGUAUACUUACCAGGACCGCAACGGAUGGAGCAUCGACAGGCGACGCGAAUGCGAGACUAAGCAGCUAGAAGCCGAACUCCGCAGUCUCAAACACCUCAAGAAAAUCCUUGCGCACAUCCGCGAGGCUUUGGGGCCGUCAUGGGAGAAAACACUGCCGUCGUCCUCAGUUCUCGUCACCUUGCUGCGCCAUCCCUUCCCGAUCCCGCUGCGGCACCACCUCCCGCUUUCUGGUGAAGAGCUCGUUGAGAGAGUGACGCUUGGUGGGUUCUGGGUGGACGUCUUCCACAGCGUGUGGCUGCCGCUCGCGAUGGAAAGGUUUCAGAUCUUCUUCACGAACUACAAAAGCGCGGGUUUCCUUGGAUGGGACGAAGCGUCAAGCGUAUGCGACUGGGUCUAUUACUCGCGAACUCUGCCUCGGAUGUUCCGAUUGGCUAACUACUUGAUGGCAGGUGCCCUUGAGUCCCGUAUUGCGGGCUUGCAUCGCUUGCUCUUCCGGCUGAACGCCCUCAGCUUCUUCUCGUACCGCGUCAGUUGGUCGUUGCAUUUUUCGUACUACGAAAAGAAAAUAUACUCUCUCCCAAACAGGAAACAGAUCUUGUUGGAAGAUGGGGAGACCCUCGAUCCCGUCCCGAUGGCCGUCUUGGCGACCAAGCUCCUUCGAAAGCUCCUCAAUAAUUCCACCGCUUGUACCGCCGCGCGGUACAACAUUGACGCGAUCAGCUUGCUGUGGCCUUACGUACUCGAAUAUAAAGACACCACGGUAUCCAAAGAGGCUCUUUGUUUGCGCAUUUUUACUUCCCCGCUAACAAACGGCUUCUUCGCAAUCCUCGCUCGCGGAGAGGUGCCGGAGAUGCCCCAAUCCGUUAACCUCAUGCACUCUUAUUUCCUCCUCCUUACAGAGUUUCUGUAUGGAGGACGGCCAGCAGGUUUCUUUCAGUUGCUAUCGAGAAGUUUCGAUACGGCGGUCCCGUGCAUCUGGUCGCAGGUGAAUUCAGCUCUCCGGUCCGCAUCCAUUCGCAACAUCUUUCUGUUAUCCGACAUUUUGACCUUCGUCACGGAUCUGCUGUACCUGACGUGCCUCGACGGCGCUCCCCUGCCGCAUAGAGACGCUCGGCACAUCAACGAUCGACUGCGGAGUCACGUUCUGGUGUUGCUCAGAACAAGUCGGCCGGACUUAGCCGAUCCCCAGACGUGGGACGCCGUUGAGGAGCAUGCCAAAUGCUUAUGGAACGCACUGGAUCGCGCCUUGAGAGGCGAGGCAAUCGAACCGGAUCUGCUGGAGCCGUUUACUCUGCCGAUGCGUUCCGCACCUCCGGAGAAGGCACAGCAUGCGUAUCAGCUUCCCUGGCCUUCCCUCGCAAAGAUCAUGCCUCUGCCGAAUCAAAUGCCUUGUUGGCGGCCGGGCUGCACUAGAGAUCUCCGCUUGGUGAUGGAGCACGUGAAGAAGCCCGUGGCGCAGCAGAUCAGAUACUGCCCCAAGUGCCACAUCGCCGCAUACUGCAGUCAGCACUGUCAAGACUUGCACUGGAUCCAGCACCACCAUACGGUGUGCUGCUACUUCAACCGCCCGCCAAGCUUUCUUCGGUUCCACAUUCUCCCCGAUCAAGUUCCUGAGGCGCCUGAGUUUCCUGUCUUCGAUAUUUUCAAGGGCAUGUUUGACAUCGGCAAUGCAGAGUAUACCGAACGGAGAUUCGAGGUGGUCUUUUAA